UCAGCUCCGACUGCCUCGUUUUAAGAGGACUUGGCCCUUCGGAAGGCUGGAAGUUGGAGGACGUGAGGGCUGCUACGAGGAUUCAGUACUGUUUCAGUGCCUGGAGGAGGGAGAGCUGUUUAGCUUUUCGGAAGGUGCCUGGAGGAGGGAGAGCUGUUUAGCCUUUCGGAAGGUGCCUGGAGGAGGGAGAGCUGUUUAGCCUUUCGGAAGAUACUUGGAGGACGUGAGAACUGCGAGGUCCUUCGUCAGGUAUCAGGAAGACGAGGGUAUUACUCAUUCCUUCAGGAGGUCUUUGGAAAACGUAGCGAGCGGCCCAAGAAAAGUCCAGCAGAUGGCGAUGUGGAAAAUAUCCUUGGCAGCCUUGUUGGUGUUUGGAUCAGGAGGAACAACACGUGGCGAAGAGGUAUGCCUCGAGGGCGAAGCCAAAGAGUUCACGUGCUCCGAGCCCGUCCUGACGUUCAACGACACGGGCGGAGGGAUCGACUUGGUACUGAACGUCACUGACAAGAGACACCAUCAGAAUUUGUCGAUAGGCAUCCAACAAAUUCCAGGAGGCUUGAGUAUUUCCUCCGUGGUAAUACCAGACGAAGGAAAGGUGGAGUUUAAGAUUAAGACCCAUUUUGUGGAGGUGAGGAAGUCGGGUAGCCAGCAGAGGGUCUUCGAAGAUUAUGAGAAAGUAAUUGGGUUCUACGAGUUCAAGGCUCCAUCUGGCGUCCGGAUCUGUGUGACUUGCAAUAAAGAGGAUAUUUUUGCCCCGGAGAGACCUGAACAGACCAGCACAUCCGACCAUCAGAACACGGAACAGGAGAACACCCUUACCACAGAGAACAGAGAACAGCAGAACACCUCUGUCACUGAGAACGGAGAACAGGAGAAAACCUUUACCAUUGAGAACGGAGAACAGAAUACCUUUACCACUGAGAACAGAGAGCAGAACACCUUUACCACUGAGAACAAAGAACAGAACACCUCUGCCACGAAGAACACAGAACAGCAACGCAAAUCUGGCAUCACCGUCACCGCUUCGAGUGUGGAGGAAGAGGAUGAAGCUCCGCCAGGCAACCAGUGUUGGUGGUGGCUCCUUCUGAUUCCCGCGUGCAUCAUCCUUGUCUACCUGCACACCAGACGCCGCCAAUCCUCUCGGUAUUCCGUGAGAAAUGCGCAGGCAAGCGAGGCUGCGGAGACCAAGGACGACAGAACGCCAGAAACGGAGAAGACGAAUGGUGGUGAUCCGUACGCCGAAGAAAAAGCCGGAUGAGAACGGCGGGAAUCUCAGAGUGUUAAAUGGCCGAGGUGUGCGGGGGUGCGGAUAGUGGAUAUCGGCUCGAGGGUGCGAAUAGUGGAGACGCGUAAACCACCGGGCUAACUCGCUGAAUGUGUUAUAAACUGAGCGAAAGGGUUGAGGGAAAGGAUAAUGAAACACAUGACCCAAUUAAGAAGCGGGAGGUUAGAAUGAGCGUGUAAACAACCAAGAGAGACGGGGUGGGGGGGGGGGGUUAGAGGGCUACUGUACCGUACGUGUGAAGAAUCUAGGGAGGUUGCUUUGAAGAAAAUAUGGUUUAUUUUUAUUGUGUAAUGAGCUCAGCCAGUUCAUGAUUAGAUUCAGAAGGAUUCUACUCAGUAUAUUAAAGAUGUGUGACUAUAUCAUGAUGAAGUGCUUUUCCAUUUUUUUAUUCUGAAUCACAGCAUGUUACUACUAUUAUUAUUACUAUAAUUGUUCUCCUUGUGAACACAGUGUGUAAAAUAUUUAAAUGUUGAAGAAAUGUAUUCAGUAACUUUCUUUGCAUACACAGUGUAGUAUGAAACAGUCAGAUUUAACAAAUGCAAUUGAUUAUAAUUUGAAAUAAAAUGAAGGAGGGGUGGGAGAAAAUAGAAUGUAUUUCAAAUCUUUCAUUUUGGUAAAUUAGACCACAAUGUCAUUGGUGAUUACUAAUGGACUAGUAGUUUUGACUAUCUUAAUGAUUAUAAUAAAUGUGUCAUAGUAAUAGGAACAGUAGUAAUAAUGUUCAUGGUAAGUGUAAAACUAUAAUAAUGUUUGUUUGCCUGAAUGCAUGUUAGUAGUUGGUGCAUGUACGGUUAUUAAUAUUUCUUUACCUUCACUGAACAUGACUGGAGAAAAGUUACAAAACAUUCAUAUUGAAAAGAGUUCUAAGCUCCUAGUUUCUCUCUCGGACUCUUUAUAGCUAAAGAGAACCGUGCCCAAAAGCCCCUUUAUAGCUAAAGGAGCUUUUGGGUACGGUUCAUGGUAAUGAAUAUGACAUAAAUAAGUAAGCUGUGGAGUUACAGAAAUAUUGAUUUUGAAGCAGGAUAUAUCUGUGUAUCUGUGAGUCUGGUGAUUGGGAUGUGGUAUGUAUUUUAAUGAUUGUUAUAGUGAUAAUGGUCAAGGCGAUGGCGAUGGUGAUUAUAUUAGUGAUGACUAGGAUAAAGGAGACGGUAUUAGUGAUUGUUAUAGUGAUUAUGAUGAUGAUGACGAUGAUGAUGAGGAUAAUAAAUAUAGAAAGUAAAGAA